AUGGCCGAUCAGCAAGAGCCCAUCUUCACGCCAGCCAGCGGCUAUGAGUCGUUUAUUUACAUUUACAACAAAACCAAAGUCGAUUUUGCACUUGACCGAUCGAAAGCCAUUCUAGGUUCUUGGGCCAAGGGAUGCCCUCCAAACACAAUCAAAGCCGGAGCUGAAGCCUUGAUUCAACUGAACGACAGCUUUGGAUUCUCGGGCAGCCAGGGAGAGGUCGUGUACGAGCUGUACCACCCUUCUGAUCCUGAUAAUGCCCUCUCAUUCAAAGUAGAGUUCUGUGAUCCUUAUGGCAGAUGGAACGACAACUAUCUGCGGACGAAGUCGAGCAAUCCCAAGUUGGUAUCUUGCCAAGUGCUGGACUACAACCUUACCGGCCACCCCUUUACAGGCCAUGUUGAGGUCUACUUGGCCGAGAAUUCGGCAAACGAAAUGUUUGAUGACGCCAACUCAUCCGACGAGACCAACAGUGACGUUCACGCAGCCUUCGAAAUUGGUUUCAAUGGCCCACUUGGCAUCAAGAUUCGAGACCCAGUUCAUGAAGACAUUGCCAUCGCCGCCUUCAUCGCAUCCAGGAUGCGCUUUCCUAAGGGAACCGAGUACAACAAUCUCGACGCCACCCAAUGGGAGUACAUGCGUGGUCUCCUUUGGAACGAUGACCCGCUAUGUCUGUUAUUCGAAGACUCUAGAGAGAGCAACAGCGAGCUGGCACUGGGUGAAAAGUUUCUAGGAGACUUCUACGCCGGCUCUCCCAGCAGUCUCACACAGAGGAGUCACUUUGGAGACUUGCAAUUCUUCCACGCAAUGGCCGCCCAGUCGAACGAAGAUCCGCACGACACCAAGGCAAACAUGCUUUCUUGGUUGGAAAUCAUCUACAAGCUCGCGAUCGGUGUUCAGGAUGUGAAGGAGACUGACAGCCUUGCUGGCCGAUUCCCGACCCGUUUCUCCAGUUACUCUGAUCCCUCUGGAGACGCAAGCCUGAGACAGCUGUUCUUGGGCAGAACGCCUUCUUACCGGAAGGCGAACAUCUCCAAGCGCGCCUUUGGGCACUGUCUACACAUGGUUCAAGAUUCGUACGCGGUAGGGCACACGCUGCGUCGCCUGUCCAACCCAGGAGAUCUGGAUGGCAGAGAUAGCGAAGGCUUCUUCAGGUUCAAGCCCGGCAAGUUUGCCAGACUAGGGCCCAUCAUCACCUUCCACACCUAUUCUGGCCAAUCCAAGCGUCAUGCGCACUAUGAUGAGUCCAAGCAACCCCGAAGCCCUAGGGACCUCGACUCCUUUAACCACAUCAUUGGCGCCCGAGACGCCAUCGACAAGUCCAUCAAGUUGAUCAACUAUUAUGCGCAAAAGGCAAAGUGGGAGGAUGGAGUGCGCGACUUCUUUGCCAACGAAGUGUUUGUGCUGGACUCGAAUGCCACACUCAGCAACCCUCAAGUCGAUGAGAGGUUCGGAUCGCCAGACACGAGCAGUCAGUCGACUUUGGAGGCUGACAGGGCGGCUGAUGAAGAGUAUCGGAUGGGUAUGGAGAGGAAAAUGGCAAUGCUGGAGAGCGGCUUGGCAUUUUCUGAGCGUGUGUCUCCUGAGCCCCGGUCCAGGUGCUUGGGUCAACUCUCACACCGAUGCACAAACCCAAUUUUAAUGUUCUUGAAGUUGCUUGUUGCAUUCAUUGCGAUAGCUUGCGCAAUGUUCUUGUUCAGGGGGUUCAGGUUGGCUUGA